UGCUGCCUCUCUGGGCCUUGGUUUCCCCUUCUGUAGACCAUAUUGCAAGUCAGGCCUGGCCCUGUAAAAGGGGUGCAUCAUCCCUCAUGAGAAUGUGAGCACUUGACAUUUAUUGACAACCUAUUGUGUGUUAGGCACUUUUGGAGCAGUUGGGGAGGCGGCUGUGGUGGAACAGAUGGAUCCUGGAGGGGGAAGCUUGGGGACAGCGGAGUUGCCAGCCAAGUAGGGGUAGCAGGAACAGAGUGGGGGCCACUUCCUGUCAGUGACUGAUAGCUCUGAGGCUCCCUCCUCCUCUCUGGCAUUGGAAGAUGAGGACCCAGAAGCAGGUAGCAGGAAUGGGGUCUCAUGGCAGGGUGGUGAUCCCCAAGGGGCUGGUGGGAACAGCCGUUGGGAUGCCCCUCCCUGCCCUGGGCCUCAUCCCCACCCAGGGGUACCUUGAGCAUAACAGGAAAUUUCGAAUAACAGGAAACCGAGGCUGGGUAAGGCAGUCAGGCUCCACCCUGUCGGGGCCUCAGUCUGCCCCUCGGGGAGGCCAUGAACACCUCGGGGUCCACAGCGGGCCCCGAGUCUUGUGAACAGCUGGCGGCUGGUGGGCACAGCCGGCUCAUUGUGCUGCAUUACAACCAUUCAGGCAGGCUGGCAGGACGUGGGGGGCCGGAGGAGGGCAGCCUGGGGGCCCUGCGGGGUCUGUCAGUGGCAGCGAGCUGCUUGGUGGUGCUGGAGAACCUCCUGGUGCUGGCGGCCAUCGUGACCCACAUGCGGUCGCGGCGCUGGGUCUACUAUUGUCUGGUGAACAUCACACUGAGCGACUUGCUCACCGGGGGCGCCUACCUGGCCAACGUGUUGUUGUCGGGGAGUCGCACCUUCUGCCUGACGCCCGCCCACUGGUUCCUGCGCGAGGGGCUGCUCUUCACAGCGCUGGCUGCCUCCACCUUCAGCCUGCUGUUCACCGCUGGGGAGCGCUUCGCCACCAUGGUGCGGCCGGUGGCCGAGAGCCGGGCCACCAAGACCGGCCGCGUGUACGGCUUCAUCGGCCUGUGCUGGCUGCUGGCCGCGCUGCUGGGGCUGCUGCCGCUGCUGGGCUGGAACUGCGUGUGUGCCUUCGAGCGCUGCUCCAGCCUGCUGCCGCUCUACUCCAAGCACUACAUCCUCUUCUGCCUGGUUGUCUUCGCCUGCGUGCUGGCCACCAUCACCGCUCUCUAUGGGGCCAUCUUCCGCGUUGUGCAAGCCAACGGGCAGAAGGCCCUGCGUCCCGCUGCCCGUCGCAAGGCCCGCCGGCUGCUCAAGACGGUGCUGCUGAUCCUGGCGGCCUUCGUCGUGUGCUGGGGCCCGCUCUUCGGCCUGCUGCUGGCUGACGUCUUCGGCUCCAACGUCUGGGCCCAGGAGUACUUGCGGGGCAUGGACUGGAUCCUGGCCCUAGCCGUGCUCAACUCAGCGGUUAACCCCAUCAUCUACUCAUUCCGCAGCCGGGAGGUGUGUCAAGCUGUGCUUGGCUUCCUCUGCUGCGGGUGCCUCAGGCUGGGCCUGCGGGGACCCGGGGACUGCCUGGCCAAGGCGGCUGAGGCCCACUCCGGAGCCUCCACCACCGACAGCUCGCUGCGGCCGAGGGACAGCUUCCGGGGCUCCCGGUCACUCAGCUUUCGGAUGCGGGAGCCGCUGUCCAGCAUCUCCAGCGUCCGGAGCAUCUGAGGACACAUGGACCCCAUGCCAGGUGCAGGCCCAUGUGGGAGUCCUUGGGGUGCAGGGAGGAGUGUGUGCCAUUCAGCCCUGCCCGGAGGGGAGCAAAGGACAGGGCAGGUCCUGCCAUCCUCUCUGCUGAUGCUGCCUGGGGCUUGCUGAAGCCAAGCUGGUUUUCUGUGGUUGCCUUGGACAAGGAUGUGACUGCAGCGGGGCUGGUGGGUUCACUACACCCACAUUCCUGUGUGACUCUGGGGGAGUCCUGGCCCUUUUCUGGGCCUUGGUAGGGUUCCCAGGAUGCAAGGGGCAGGCUGUGGGGUGGGAGUGCCCUCAACAGUGAAGUUCAAUGAUGGUAUGAGAAGUUGCGACCUUGCUCUUAUCCCCGCAUACAUGGGGGCCUGGCUGGUGGCUGCGUGUCAGCUGGCAGCGUGCAAGUGUGUGUCACGUAGGAGACAUGGCUGCAAGUGUGGAGUGUGUGUGGACAGCAAGCACAUCUGGGCAUUUCAGGAAGGGGGUGGGGCAGCCAUUGGCAGUUGUUCCCAGCUUCUUCUAGUUCACUUCCCCUUUGGGGAAGUCAGGGCCCCUGCCCUGACUCUGACCUCUGCAAAUUUUAGUGACCCAUUCUGGAGAUCUGGCACAGGAAUGGCAGCCUCACCUUCCUGGCCUAAGAGAGUUUCCCCUCACCUUCCCUUCAGCAGUAAGUGCCUUGCCCUUCCACAUCUCUGAAAUGGGCUAAUCAUGGCACCUAUGCACAUGGCUGUCCUUACAUGCCCAGCGCCGGCCACAGCACCUGAUGUCCAAAGUGUCCAACAGAACUUCUGGCAAUGGUGUGAAUGUCCUACCACUGCAGCAUCUAGUACAGGAGAUGCUGGCUUCACAGGGGUACAGAGUAACAAGAACUGAACUUUUACUUGUAGGUUUUAUUUAAUUUGAAUUUGUUUACAUUUAAAUAGCCCCAUGGCUCAGUAGUGUUGGUGCUGGUAAAAAUCUCUCUCCCUCACUGCAGGACCAUACCAGGUCCCCCCUCCCUAUAGGUUUUCUUGUCUCUGUCUACUCAGGUGAGGGGACACAUGGCCUUGGGAUCCAUCUUGCCUGCCACCUGGGCAUGGAACAGUUCUGCUUUUUUUUUAUUUAGACAGAGUUUUACUGUAUAAUCCUGGGUAGAAUAUUGUGGCAUUAUAACUCACAGCAACCUCAAACUUCUGGGCUCAAGCAAUCCUCUUGCCCCAGCCUCCCAAGUAGCUGGGACUAUAGGCACCCUCCUUAAUACCCGGCUAGUUUUUAGAGACAGGGUCUCACUCUUGCUCAGGCUAGUCUCAAACUCCUGAGCUCAAUCAGUCAGCCUGCCUGGGCCUCCUAGAGUGCUAGGAAAACAGGCGUGAGCCACCAUGCCCAGAAAGAGACAGCUCUGCUUUAAGCCGCUAUUUGCUACAUGAUGGGAGACAUGGUAAUUGUUACUAUUUAUCACGCUUUCUAGUAUUAUCCAUUAGCCGCAUGUGGCUAU